AUGACCAGACCCAGAGAAGGCAUUCUCCGAAAGAAUGUCGACAGUUCAACUAUCAACCAGCCAGAAACGACCCGGAGGUCAGGAUGGCCAUCGCUCAAUCCAGGUUCCGCCAGCAAUCCAGGUCGAGACUCCAAUAUGACGGACUUGUUCGCUCGAGCUCGGCCAGCGCCAGAGACAGCGCCUCGAAGAUCGCUUACGCCACAGAGUCAUCCUUUCCUGAAGAUGCCCAAGACUCUCCAGGAGACACAGAAGCAGAUGACCAAAGAAGAACAGUCAGUCACGACAAAAAAGAGUAAUGGAAGCUCAAAGAGAGUCAGAUUUCAAGAAACUUCUCCACAGCAAGCCGUCCGGCAAUCAAAAGCCAAGCUUGUUCUCAAGGCUUGGCAGACUUUCAACAAUCAACUUUUUGAUAUCAACAACGAAGGCGACAAAGAAGAUGACCCAGAACUCAAUAAUGUGAUGGAAAAUAUGUUGAAUAUGAACUGGGUGUAUAUGCAUAAGCAGGGGGUUGAACGUCUGGCUGAAUUGGCAAACAGCGAGGAGUGA